AAAUCGGAGCCAAAACUCUUUCGUUUUUCCCCUUCUCCCUCACAUUAUUCUCGCCUCCAACAUUCACUGUAAGAUCCUCUCCUCCCUCUUACUCUGUUCCUCACGCACAUACACUCUCUCACUAGGCAACUUUUGACCGUUUUUUGGUAAGUUUUUUUCAACUGUUACCAAUUUGAUUCUGGCGGGAACAAAGUUCCGUUCGGUGGUUGCCCAUUUCUGAAUUUUCCCUUUCUCUGCUGAUUUCAAUUUUCCUGGACCUGAGAUUCUUUCUCAAUGCCUCUUCUGAGGAGAAAGCCUUUUUCCUUGGCUGAUCCACCUAAGGACUUGAAGCCAGACGAGCAUGUUUAUCAAAUUCGAUUUACAAAGGAAAUAUUUCGAGAUUAUAACGAUUAUUUGAACCGUAUAAAUCUAUAUCGCCAGAGGAUUUGGAUGUGUAAAGUAACUGGAAAAACCAACUUGACUUAUGAAGAGGCUUUGGUGUCAGAAAAAAGUGCCUCUGAGAAAGUUCAACAGUUUCCAAAAGAAUUAAGGGCUUCUGUGUUAAGGAUUAUUCAGUACAGUAUGCUCCCUUUGAAGGAUCUUGCUGAUUUCAUUGCUGAAAAAUUGGAAGGACGUUUCUUUGUGGGUGCUGAACUGCAUGGGAAGAAGGACAAUGAAUUAUACCCCUGCAGAAUAUUAAAAGUCAUCCCAAAAGGAGUUGAAAAAUUUUAUUAUGAGGUAGCUUGGCUUGACAAAGACAAGAAUAUAGGUGAAAAAGCAGAAGUCAAUGCAAAAGAUUUGGUACUAAAGAAACCAUUAUUCAGCAGAAAUAUGUUGAAGUCUUUUAUCCGGGAAUCGACAUAUAGGAAUGCUCCUUGGGUUUUACAUGAAGAAGUGGCAAAAAAUCAUGGAAUCUCAACUGACAUACCCGAGGAGUUAAGAGGAAGAGUUUGCUUCAAAAAUGGACUUCUAACCUGCUCCAAGAAAAGAAAAACUGAGGAAUCACUGGAUGAAACUGAAAACUGUAAAAGGAAGAAGUUGGAUGGGGCAGAAUUUGAUGGUUCUACUGAAGAGCAGCAAGAAAAUGGUCAGCACAAGGUUGAGCGAAUCAAAUAUCCAAUUGAUGAUUUGUUAGUGAAGCCUAGUCCACAUGAUCCUGUUUUGGCUAAUCGCCCUUCUCCAUCAAGAGACUUCAAUGUCCCCAUGAACUGUGUAGGAAAUCUCUUAAUGGUUUGGGAUUUUUGUACCACUUUUGGGAAAGUGUUGCACUUGUUGCCCUACUCUCUAGAAGAUUUUGAAAAUGCAAUCUGCCACAAGGACAGCAACAUUGUUCUCCUUGUGGAGUCACAUGCAGCUCUUUUUCGGGUUCUUAUACAAGAUGAUAGUGAAUACACUGAAGCAGUGAAAAACCGAAGGACGAAGUCCAAGAUUACAAUGGUUAACUGGACAGAAUAUCUAUGCCAUUUUCUAGAAAUGAUCAAUGUUCCUGAAUUGCGGCAAUGUGAAGCAACCAUAAAACGGGGACAUUAUGGCCUUGUAGAUAUCAAUGCUAAAUUAGAAAUCCUAUAUGAAUUGGUCAAUCGAGUGAUUGAAACGACAAUUUUUAGAGAGAAGUUGGGUGAGAUUAUUGAACAGAGGCAUGUGCUUGGGGUGUCUAGGAGGGAAGAAGUGCUGGAAGAUGCUAGGAAGAGAAGAAAAGAAAAAGAGAUGUUGAAAGCUGAGAUAGAGAGCAAUGAAGUUGUGAAUGGACAUCACCUGAACAGUGAAAACGUCUCAUCAAACAGUGAUGAUGAUAUACAGAAUGGGCACAUCGGAAAGAAAAGAAAUGGAGAGAUAGAAUCAUCUAGCGAAGACAAUACAAUUGGAAGUUUGAUCAAACACUCAAAUCCUGCUCCAAAGAACAUGCCUAAGUCCAAGAAGCCAAAUUCAGAGCCGAAACAACCAACAGAAAAUGGAAAAGAAUUACCAAAGCAAUUUAAGAGUGAUAAGGAUUCACCAGAGAAGAAUAGUAAAGAACAGAGGAAAGAAUAUUUUGAACGUGAGAUGGAGAAACGGCCUAUUCGUAGAAGCCCAUUAGGUAAGGACAGAAAUUAUAAUAGGUAUUGGUGGUUUCGCCGUGAUGGAAGGAUAUUUGUUGAAAACUCUGAUUCGAAGGAGUGGGGAUACUACAGCAGUAAGGAAGAGCUUGAUGCAUUUAUGGGUUCACUGAACUGCAAGGGUGAGCGCGAAAGGGCACUGCGAAAUCAACUGGAAAAAUAUUAUAGUAGAGUAUGUUCUGAACUCCAGAAAAGAUCGAAGGAUUUGAUGCACAGGAUUGCAGCGGAUGAGUCUGUCCUUCGAAGGUCCACUCGAGUUCGAGCCCCUCCCAGGCAAAACCCUGCAAAUGCUUUCCUCAAUUAUGUUAACAAGUGGAAAGUAGAUUAGAUGAUGGCGCAUCUUUCUAACCGUUGAAAAGUACAACUUUCAGUGGAGAAUAUUUUAGGGAUUAACUAGUUUUUUCCUAUCCAUUUUUAGAUGAACGAGCACAUGCUUGUUUCGGAAAUUUUGUACAUGUCCCAUUUUUAAAUAAUAGCAGAGUCAGAUUGGUACAAGAUUGCCUUUAACUAAUAUGGUUUUUUGAAAAUGUAGAAUGCACUUCACAGUUUUUUAGUAUAUACGAAAAAUAGAAAUUAAUGGUCAAGGAUUUUA